AUGUCAAAAGCGUCUAUUCUCCGUGUUCAAUCAUCUGACGGUACAAAACGUGUUGAUAUUAAUUCUCAAGAUACAUAUAAAACUAUAUAUCAAAAAGUUGCACAAGCAUUUUCAUUAGCAUCAAUUGAAGAUUUUACAUUAUAUAAAGAAAAAAAUAAACAAUCGUCAUUAGGACGAACACAAAAUCGAACAAAUUUUAAACAUGGUGAUAUGAUUUAUUUAAUUGCUGAACGUGAAAAUUUAUUUCCAACAGAUACAACUGCAUCAUCAUCAUCAUCAUAUGGUACACUUGAUUUUAAAUCUGAUACACCAACAAAUGGAAAUAGUUAUGCAUCACCAAAAAUUGGUUCAUUUCAAACAAAUAAUAUGGGAAAAUUAAAUACAAUUAAUAAUACAGAUAUUAAAGAAGAUGAUGUUGAUAUACAAUUAGAUAAAAUGGAUGGACGUAUACCAAGAAAACGUAAUCCACAAUUAUGUCAUCAUAAUGUACAUGGAAAAUGUUUACAUUGUAUACCUAUUGAACCAUAUGACGAAGAAUUUUUAAAAAAUCGUAAUCCACCUAUUAAACAUAUGUCAUUUAGAGCUUAUAUUAGAAAAUUACAAAGUUCAGCGGCAAGUGAUAGAACUACAUUUGCAAGUCUUGAGAAUAUUAGUUGUUCAAUUAAAGAAAAAUGUGCCACUGGUCAUGCACCUUGGCCAAAAGGUGUUUGUACAAAAUGUCAACCAAAUCCUGUAACACUUAUGCGUCAGCCUUAUCGUCAUGUAGACAAUAUAAUGUUUGAGAAUGGAAAUAUGGUAAAUCGUUUUUUAAAUUAUUGGCGUUCAUCAGGUCAUCAACGUAUUGGUUUUCUUUAUGGUCGUUAUGAAGUAUAUGAUGGUGUACCAUUAGGUGUUCGUGCAGUUGUUGCAGCUAUUUAUGAACCACCACAAGAAACAUCAAGAGAUAGUGUUAAAUUAAAUCUUCCUGAUCCACAUGAAGCACUUAUUGAUGAUCUAGCACGUCGUCUUAAUAUUCGUCGUAUUGGAUGGAUUUUUACUGAUCUUGUACCAGAUGAAAGUAAAUCAGGUAGUGGUCCUGUUCUUCAUCAUCGUGGCAAUGUGAAUUCAUAUUUUUUAAGUGCACAAGAAUGUAUAAUGGCUGGUUGGUUGCAAAAUAAUCAUCCAAAUGUAUGCAAAUAUUCUCCAGAUGGUUAUUUUGGUUCAAAAUUUGUUACUGUUGUUGUUACUGGUGAUGUAUCAGGUCAAAUACAUUUUGAAGGUUAUCAAGUUUCAAAUCAAUGUAUGGCUUUAGUUAAAUCAAAAAUUUUACUUCCAACUUAUGAUGCACCUGAAUUAGGUUAUGUUAGAGAAACAAGUUCAGAACAAUAUGUUCCUGAUGUUUAUUAUAAAGAAAAAGAUUCAUAUAAUAAUGAAAUAAUGAAAAUAGCACGUCCAUUACCACUUGAAUAUCUUAUUAUUGAUGUUCCAACAGGUUUUCCAUCGAGUGAUGCACAAAUACAAUCAACAUUUAAUGAUGAUUGUAAAACAAUAAAAACACCAUUUUGUGUUGAAAAUCGAAUGCAAAUUGGAGAAUUACAAGAUAUGAAUGCAUUAGCAUCAUAUUUACAACAAUUUUCAAAAACUACUAAUGCUGGUAUAACAACAGCAGGUACAAGUCAAUAUAAAGCAACAGAUAUAUUAGCUGAUAUUCAUCUAUUGAGAUAUUUGGCUGUCAAUGAUAUUAUUUCAUUUUCAAUGGAUCAACUCGAUCCAUUACUCGAUUCUAUACGUACGAAUGAUCUUAAUGGUGUUGAAACUUGGAUGGAAGGUUCUGAUUGGCAAACAAUAGUUCAAGUUCUACAAACACAUAGUCCUAGUCCAACUGCUGUAACAGGUAAUCGACCAUCAUAUAUGGAUUUUGAAGAUCAACGUGAUUUAACAUCUUCAUUAUCUCAAUGGAAUUGUCCACGAUGUACUUUUAUUAAUGAUGGUUCAUCUCGGAUAUGUGAAAUAUGUUCAUGUGAAAAAGAAUCAGACAAAAAAAUUAUGAGUACACUAGUGAAUAGACCUAGUGGUGGAGCGAGUAGUGGUAUUACAGGAGCUAGUAAUGAUGGUUCAACAGACAAUGAUGUUCUAUCGCAAUAUAAAGUUCUUACAUUAACAUUCAAUCAAGAUUGCACAUCAUUAGCAAUGGGUACACGAAAAACUUAUGCUUUAUUUACUAUUAGUCCAGAUAACAAAAUUGAUGAAAUCUAUGAUUGUGCUUAUGAUGAUGUAUGUAUAAUUGAACGUCUAUUUUCAAGUUCAUUAACAGCACUUGUUAGUAAUCAAGCACCACGCAAAUUAAAAGUUUGUCAUUUUAAAAAAGGAACAGAAAUAUGUUCAUAUUCAUUUGCUAAUACAAUACUUGCUGUUAAACUUAAUCGUUUGAGACUUAUCGUCUGUUUAGAAGAAAGUAUUUAUAUUCAUAAUAUGCGAGAUAUGAAAGUUUUACAUACAAUUCGAGAUGUACCAUCAAAUCGUGAAGGUCUUUGUGCAUUAUCAUCAAAUAGUGAAAAUUCUUAUUUAGCUUAUCCGGGUAGUUCAUUAACUGGUGAAGUACAAGUUUUUGAUACAUUAAAUCUAAAAUCAGGUGUUAUGAUAAGUGCUCAUGAAAGUCCACUUGCUGCAAUAGCUUUUGAUAUGACUGGAACAAAAUUAGCAACAGCAUCAAAUAAAGGAACAGUCAUUCGUGUUCAUAGUGCUGUUGAUGGUACACGACUUUUUGAAUUUCGUCGAGGUGUACGACGAGCUGCUACUAUAUAUUCAUUAGCAUUCAGUCCUGAUUCAAUGUUUUUAGCAGCAUCAAGCAAUACAGAAACAAUUCAUAUAUUUCGUUUAGCUAAUCCAAAAGAAAAAGCACCUGAAGAAGCAACAUGGAUGGGUUAUCUUGGUCGUAAAUUAAGUGAUGUUGCACAUUAUUUACCUAAACAAACAUCUGAAGUAUUAACACAAGAUCGUUCAUUUGCUUUUGUACAUUUACAAUCACCUGGUAUGAAAACAGCAAUAGCUAUGAAUGUAUUAAAUAAAACAUUAAAAUUAUUUGUUGCUGGUUAUGAUGGUGUUGUUUGUGUUUAUGAAGUAAACACAAAUGAUGGUGGUGAAUGUAAACAAAUAAGUCAACAUCUUUUAUUUAGUAUGUCUUCAAAUUCAAAUAAUCAACAAAUAGUAACAACAAAUGAAACACGAAAUUCUAUUGAUGGAUCUGGAAGAACAUAUUCAACUAAUAUAAUAACAAAUGAUAAUGCAACUGUUCCAUUAUCAUCAACAUCACCAGUAACAACUCCUACAACAGGAAAAAAUUUUAUUCAUCAAUCAUCGAAUAUUCCAAAUGAUGAACAAAAUUUUCCUCGAUUACCUUCAUCACCACCGGGUCUUUAUGAUUAA